AUGAGGGACCUUUCAAAAUUAGAGAAAAGGUGGGAGGCUGUGGCUUAUAAGUUCGGUUUUGCUCGAACACUCGAAGCUCCACCUUACAUUUCAUAUUCCGGAUCAUCGUCGACUUGGUCGGCACGAGAAGAAUCGAGGAAUAGAGUUUUUAGUAAAUGGGCUAAGAUUAUGGAGGUUUCGUGGGAGAAGGACACUAACUUGUGGCAAUUUGAAGAGAAGGUGCGGGACUACCUCACUUCAAUUCCGACGAGGGCAUCGGACCUUUACGGUAGGGGUGGUUUGUCACGGUCCUAG